CAUGUUUAUUUACGUUCACAAGUCAAUCGCACGCAAUCACAAUCACAAUAGUCAUUACGCACAAAAGUAAAAAUUCUCAGUGUAAUGAUCUUGAUAAAGUUAUGAAAAUGUUGUGGUAUCUGCCAUGGUCUGAGAGCAUCAAGAAGAGGGCUUGCAGAUAUCUUCUACAGCGCUACCUUGGUAAUUUUCUGGAGCAAAAGCUGACUUUGGAUCAGCUGAGUGUCGAUUUAUACAAUGGAACUGGCACCGUCUGCGAUGUUAGCCUUGACUGCGAGGCUCUCAAUGAAUUGGGUGAUUCUCAAAACUGGCCUCUAGAAAUAGUGGAUGGUCAUAUGCGAGAGAUAACAGUUACCAUACCAUGGAGCACCCUACUCAAAGACGACUCAAUAGUGGAAGUGCGGGGACUCUCGUUGACUGUCCAGCCCAAAGUCAGGGCAGAACCAGCCUCCUCAAUGCUGGAGUCAAUGUGGUCAUCAAUGUCCUCGUCUAUGCAGCUAGCUGCAGAAUGUCUGAGGGAGGAGGACGGACCCCAAGACACAAACCCAGUUGAGGGGAUUGAGAUGUUUGCCCAUGCCAUUGACUCAAUACUCAGUAGAGUGAAAGUAAAAUUCGUCAAUACAAGAAUAAGAAUAGAACAUGUUCCUAAGAAUGGCGAUAAAGGCAUCGCUUUAGACAUUCAUAUAGACAAUAUCGACUACUUCGACGAAGCGGGCGAAGAACCGACCCCUGACGUCACAGAUCCUGAAAAAACAAAAACGUACAUCGUAGCGACAUAUACUAAUAAAAAAAUCAAAUUCGAAGGCGUCACCCUAUACACAGACGAGUUCCCUUCAAAACUUCGCACUAUGGCCCGAAGUCUUAUCAUGGAAAAAUCCAUGUCAUCCCAAGCAGAUAAAUCCGAAGGGUCCCAAAUAGACACAACAGAUAUUAACUACCAAAGCACACUAUCGGAUGUUUUUUACGAAACAAGAAGUGUUAUAUCGACCAUCGAGUCAGAUUCUAUCAAAGAAGUGAUAGCGGAGACGAAGGUUCAUACGGAAAUACGUGAGACUAGCCCUGAAGAAAAGGCGAGUCAGCCUGAGCCAAUACUGUUUGCGAAACUGACAGGGAUGCAAGAACUGGCGUUAAGAGUGAAAAGGACAGAAGAGGUGGAAGGUCCGAAGGUGGAGGUCAGAAUGCUGAUGGGUUCGCUAAUUGUGUUCAUCACACCGCGGCAAUUGCACACCCUGGUUGAGUUGGUUGAUGCGGUCAAUCAACCAGACUUGGAGGAUAGAAGCAACAUACCGCUCCGUCCAAGCUCAGUAAACGUCCAAUGCAAGCCAAUGAAGCGAGCAGACUUUCAGCUGAUCGAGGCCCAACUUUUGGGCAACCUGGAGAAACAAAGCACACGUCCUAGCGGCCUGACGGGCUGGUCAGGGCCUAGCCUUGAGGAAAGCGACUCGGAAAGCGUUCGUUUUCUCCCGAUGACAUCACACGGAGACAUGGCAGAGAGUUUCUCUUCAUCUGUCAGCUCUAUGAGCGCUAGUAUGACCUCCAGUAUGAAUACGCCUACAGCUCAGCCUAGGAUCAAAAGAAAUAAGAAAGUGCCGCAUAUAGAUGGCGACCCAACUGCAGAAGUAUCCCACAUCAGCCUGAGGGUUUCGUCAGUAUCUUGUGUCCUUCUACACAAGGACAUCUUAACGACUACACCAAUGGGCUCCGACUGCAUAUCGCCGUCGUCGGCCAAUAACCUGCACGAAGUUUCAAAAGAAUUCUUUGAUAACAUUCAACCUUCGUUCGUAGUGGACGACAGCAAGGACUUUGCUGCGCCCAACAGGUUGUUAGACAGAACUGUCAACUUGGACCAUUUGAGGCUAUUAUCAUCAGAAGUGACACUAGAUGGCAGUGAUAAAACCACCGCCCACGGCAACCAAACAUUAUGCGAGGCUUCAAUAAGAAAAUUUCUAGUACGAGAGACUCUGUACACCCCGCCGAUAGACGACGAAGGGCCACAGUCAUUUGAUAUCAUACGGUUUGACACCGAUAAUGACGACGACACGAAGUCAGAUAGGUCGGCUGCUGUUAAUCAUCCAAAUGUGAAAGUUACCUUCAAGCAAACUUCUAAAUAUAGACGGAUAUCCGGUGAGAAAAAACUGGACUGUCCGACAACAGAAGUAGUUGUGAAAUGCACCCCCUGCGUGGUGGACAUAGAUCUAACGCUAAUAGAACGCAUGUCCAGCACGUUGUUUGGCGGGUCCCCCGCGGCCCCCGCCGCGGCGCCCACGCCCCCGCUCAGUCACUUCAGUCUCAAAGUGCAAUGUAGCAACCUCGACGCAAUUCUUAGAUUCCCAAUAGCGGACUUACGUCCAAGCGUAAACCACUCUCAGAGGCGAGUGAGGCCUGACUACUUGUUGUUCAGAUUUCACAACCUGAACAUAGGGUCUGUUCAGGCGGCCACUUCGCGCCCCGCCCCGCGCACCGCCACGCUCAACGCCACCGCUAUACACGCCUACUAUCAUGAAAAUGACAUCAUUCCGCCUACACACAUUGCUCACACAGGGAUGAUCGAUCCCGCAGAGAGCAACGUUCUGGCUGGCACAAAUUGUUCGCCCAUACCUACGAUCUCCCUAACAUUCCAACCUAAGAAGACUAACAAAUCGAUCUUCGAAGACGAGUCAAGCUUCGAACCUGCGACCGUGAAUCCUAUGACGACCUCUAUGUACAUAAUGAACAACCUACACAGUUCGACGCCCAGUCCGUUCAGUGGAAAGAAGAUGGCACAUCAGAGCAUCACUAAACACGAGAGUGAUAAUAAUACACAAGGACGUGAAGAAGAAUUAAUAGUUCCCGGUACGGAAGAAGAGAUGGCUGAAUUCACAAACAGUGCCAUAGAAAACUCCGCCAUACAUCUAGAAUUGAAUUUGCCAGUUCUAAGUCUGCAGCUCGAGUCAAAACAAAUCUACGAGAUCCUGUACAACCGCAUCAACUCUGACCUGUUGCUGUGGGAGCCGCAAAUACUGGACCCGUUUGAAAUUAGUCCCAUCAUGUGCGCGUCCAUUUACCCUUCGUUUGGAGAGUGUAAAACUAGCGGAUACGAUUCAGAAACCGAAAGUUCUACCUCUGAAGAGGAGAACCUGUACUACUCUACGUACGACAACAAGAGGCGAGGGUUUGGCCCUAAGAUCGUGCACGAGAAGUCUGAUACUCACAACUUCUGUUUCACACUCAAGGUCGCUAAGGGGUUGCUGUCGAUUUACGCGCCUGUUCGGGAUAGCAACAAACGCGUGGUGCCCGGCCAGAUGGGCGAGAUGGUGCUCGAGGCACAGAAGCUGCACUUGUGCCAAGUGAGCGGCCUGAACGGCAGACCGAAGGCUGCGCAAAUGUGUCUCAGAUCUCACGCUGUCACUCUCUAUCAUGAACCUCUACUGACGAUACCAUCAGAGAAGCCAGAUCUAAGACUUUACGGCAGCGAACUCCCUUCACAUCUGAAAGCCACUAUAUAUCCGUCAGGAAAGGGUGUUCUCAUAAAAGAGAACCCGAAGAGAAAGGAUAUGUUUUCCAUGGCGCUUAGAGUCGAACCUGAUUCUGAAACGCCCAAUUUAAAGACAAUAUGCAUAGCUCUGGGCAUAGAGCAAGCGACGCUACGCCAUAGAGGAGAGAAGGGAAUCGCGUGGCUCACUCAAAUAAUGGACGUGAUAGACGUGCUGGACUACCCCGUGCCCGGCUACUGCCCCUCCACCGUGCUGUCCCAGCUUCAUGUCCACGUGUGGGACUGCGCGCUGGACUACAGACCACUCUACUUGCCAAUCCGAACCGUGCUAACUCUCGGCAACUUCACAAUGUCAAGCAACUUGAUAGCAGAAACCAACACAUCCUGCCUCCGAUUCCUGGCUCAAGAAUGCACUUUGUACUUAAGACACAUAACUGGCACUAAACCUAAUAGUCCAGUGCCAUUAGAUGAUGAUAAAAUCCCCGAUUUGAAUAAGGAUUACGUAUGCGUAAUCGAUGUUGGGUUGUUCGAGCUGUCUAUUCGAAUGGACGAUAAGACUAAUCCAUCUAGCGAGCAACCGCAAGUAGACCUGAGCGCCUCAAACAACAUGGUCACCAUAUACACGUGCUGGGACUCCGCCCACGCCCUGUGCAGACUGCUGACGUAUUGCGCUAUGGACGGCGACACGCAGCCGCCGUACGAGGCGUGCGGCAGACACACCAGCAUUUGUUCCGAACACACUGAGCCUCUCGUCGGACUUGACGACAGACUUGUAGAAGAAAUAAGAGAACUGUCGCCUAAUGAAAUUCAGCAAGUCAACGACCUCAUGGCUGAAGCUAUGAAGGAAAGCCCCAACACCACACUCGAGGAAGAAGACCUGAACAGCUCAAGCGAAAAGGAAGGCGUAGAAAUAUUCUUCUUCCCUGACGAGUCGAACAUGAAGCAGAAGCCGGUCAUAGACAUCCUAGACGACGAGGCCAUAGAUACGAAAUCGCUAGAGUACGAAGAGUUCAGUAUAGCGGCUGAGGAAACCCCUGCUAGUGUGCAAGUGAUGAAGGAUUUGGGUGAUCUCACGUCUACGCCUAAAGUCACGCCGAAGAAGCCUAGACGGAAAAAGCAAUCAAGUUCAAGCAGCGACAGCGGCAAUAUAGACGACGACUAUUGCAUCGUAGAAACUAGCCUCGCGGGCCAGGACAAUGACCUCGAUGAGCCCACUGUCCACUGGCUGGGCCAGGGCCCCGUAUACAUGUUCGACAACCACUUCACGGUGCCCACUGCGAGGACUGACGUACUCAAGGCCCCCAAGAGCUUCCCAGCACCUUUGUUCAGGUACACAUUAUGCGAGAUGAGUGUAACAUGGAACAUGUACGGCGGUAACGACUUCCGUCCCGCGAACGAAACCGCCCCUAAGAAGACUGUCACCAUUGAGUCGGACGGUAGGAAGCACGAAGCUGUCAAAUUAGUCCGCAGUAAAGACUACUCUCCAUACGAAGGUGUAAGCUGGUCCGCAGCAUCGGACCGCGUCCGGCCGCAGCAGCGCGCUGCGACAAAAACACCGACCAAAUCCCGCGGCGGGCCGCAGAGGGACCACUACACUUGCGUCAAACUGUGUCUCACUAAGGUGAAGUUCCAAUACGAGAUCUACCCGCCGGGCGGCGUCCACGCGUCGCGGCAGACGCUGGCCGUCAGCAAGAUCGAGGUGCUGGACCGGCUCAAGUGCAGCGACAUCAACAAGCUGCUCAGCCAGUACAAACUGAAGGACGAACCUGAGAGAACCAACGCUCAUAUGCUGAUAGUGAAAGCGGUACAUCUGCGGCCCUCUCCAGCGUUAUCUGCGCAGGAGUGCUGUCUGAAGGUGUCCCUACUUCCGCUGUGGUUUAACCUGGACCAGGACACCUUGGCUUUCCUCGUCGGCUACUUCUCCAAGCUCAGCAGUGAUGAGGGUGGCGACGAGGACACAAAAAGCAUCGGCGGGUUGUCAACGGAGUCUAGCAAUUCCCGCCAGACGACCCCCACCCACCGCCCACCUGUGAUGAGCAUCGCCAGCCAUCUGAAGGACCCCCCGCCAACCCCCACUUCCCUGGGGGACGCUGAUUGUCUGUCUCUCAAUGAAACUGUGAUCCGCAACGAAGAGCCAUUAAUGGAGACUUACGAGGCCGAGAGACUGGUGUCAGAGAAUCUGAUCCAGCUGGAGGAGGACUUCCAGAGGCUGGGGCUGAGUCAGGAGAAACCGGUCGCCAAGCUGCCCGUCGAGGAACCCAUUGACGACUCCCCCAUUUAUUUCAGGCGAGUGGUGUUCUCCCCCGAGGUGCCAGUCCGGCUGGACUACGUGGGCAAGCGCGUGGACCUCUCCGCGGGGCCCGUGGCCGGCCUGCUCAUGGGCCUGGGCCAGCUCAACUGCUCGGAGCUCACGCUCAAGCGGCUGGACUACAGACUGGGUCUAUUGGGCCUGGAGAAGCUGGUCCAAUGGGCCUUGCAGGAGUGGCUGACCGACAUCAAAGCGCACCAACUGCCCGGCUUGCUCAGCGGAAUUGGCCCCAUGCAUUCUCUGCUGCAACUCUUGACCGGCAUCCGCGAUCUGGUGUGGCUGCCGGUGGAACAGUGGCGUCGCGACGGCCGCUUGGUGCACGGCUUGCGGCGAGGAGCUGCGUCCUUCACCGCGCGGACCGCGGUGGCGGCGCUCGACAUCACCACGCGGCUGCUGCAACUGAUACAGACGACUGCAGAAACAGCAUUCGACAUGCUGACUCCUAGUCCCACGUUACAACUGCAAGCGGCGUACGGACGUCGCGAGCGUCGCCGCAGGAGACUCCACUCCCCCGCGCGACACCCCUCUGACAUACGAGAAGGCGUGGCUACUGCGUACCGAACUGUUAGCGAGGGCUUCGCGGAGACUGCCGCGACGAUGGCGCUAGCGGCGCGCAACGAUAGCGGCGUGGGCGUGCUGCGGCACCUGCCCGGCUGCGCGGUGGCGCCGCUAGCGCUGGCCGCCGCCGGCGCCGCCGACCUGCUGGGCGGCGUGCGCGCGCACCUCGCGCCCGCCGCGCGCCAGCUGCAUCGGGACAAGUGGCGCCAGCACUCGCAUCACACAGAAUCUACUACGGAUUAACACGUUAACCGGCUCCGUAGUUAUAAGCGAGAAAUUCGCAAAUAGUAGGCUGUGCCACUCCAUUUGUUUAACAUAAUAGUGCUUUUAAAAUAUAAUUCACUUUUAAAAUUCAUAAAAGCACUACUAUGAACGAAUUUAUAUCGUGAUCUCUAUCGCUCAUCUGUUUCCGCGGUGAUGGUUGUUAAUUUUAGUUCUGUGUUCAUAGCGCGACCUUUCAAUUCGACGGCGAUCGUGUUUGCAAGUACCAAUACAAUUUUACGUGAUGUGAUAACGUUGGAAUGUGAUUGGGGUUCAUAAAUGGUUUUACUCCCAGUUUCUUCCCAAAAAGUUCGGCGCAAACUCAUCUAGUACAUAUAAAUAUGAAAACACUAUUAAAGUUAAAAUAAACUUAACUAACAAAUAAGCAGGAGUGUGCUGCAGCAACUCAAAAAGGUAUUAAGCUGAGUGAAUAAAUCUUUGCUCACGAGCAAUGAACUGGUUUUUUACUAUCUAGAUGGGCUUGCGCCGAACUUAUUGGAUAUAAACUGGAAAGUACAGGGCGUAAACCCAUCUCUGGAUUAGUUGUCUGCGUCCUGUUGCCAGAUGUAAGUAAAUAUGAUCAGAGUACGAACUGAAAAUGUCCACUAAGUCUUCUGUAUUGCUCAGUACCAUAGUUCAGGUAGGCCUUGUCAUUGGUUUAGGUUUGCUGAACAAAGAUGUUAAGCUGAUGGAAAUGUCACAAGGCUCUAAUUUACGACAGGCUUGAUGUCAUUUUUUUGUUUAUACGCCAUGAUAAUGCUCUUUGGUCUACGGUUAUAUUUAUUAUUUUUAUUUUAACGUACAAAAGAAUAGUGUGAAUUAUAUUAUAGAUUCGGUAAAUAGAUAUUACCAAUGAUUUGUUUUUUGAUGGGUAGUUAGUGGUUCAAGAUUGUUGAAUAACAAUUUUUACCAUUUCAUAGUUUAAGGUUUCAUAGUUAUUUCACUAUAUGUAACAUAUCAAAUAACGUUAAAAUGUGUUUCAGAAGUGUUGGAUAGGGCUAAUUGGCCAAUUUAUCAUGCAAAUUUAUAUAGCUGUUUAGUUUUAUCUGUCAGAUUACAAUAUUAUGAAAUCAGAAAGUGGUGAAACAGGCCCUAAAGAACUAUGAAUUGGUAAUAACUGUCAUUCCAUUACGACAAUUGUUAGGUCAUAUCAGUUCUACAGUGUGUGACUGAAUAUGGCCGGGGUCGAUUUUAUUUUAUUUUCGAGUGGCCGAGAGUACUAUUUAACGCCAUAAAAGAAGAUAUGUGAACUAUCAUAACGUGUCGGCAACAGUUUUGUUGUAAGCGACUGCAGCGCCGCGUCUUCUUCGUGGCGCGGAAUCUCAUUUGAUACUUAAUCCUCAAGGCCUUGGAUCCCAAUCUAUAUUCAUUUUAGAUCAAUAAAUACAGCAUCAAGAUUCUGCCUCAUAUUCAACUAUUUCAAAUAUAGUUUGCUUUUUUUAUUUUAUUCAUCUUAUUCGUAUGGUUUAAAGCACUCUUAGAGGGCAGCUAAAUCAUAUCGCUAUUUCGCCACGACAUUGGCAUUAUGUACCAUUAUUGGUUCAACUUGAUAGUUGUUGUAGUCAUAUAUAGCACGUUAGAUCAGAUUGUUUAAUAGAUACUUUACACAAAGUCUCUGUUGAUUCGUAAUUCUUUUGUAGGUCGAUAAUGGUCGACAUUUCUAAUCUUGAAAAUUAUCGUUUGUAACGCUGUAUUGGACGUAAUAAUAACUUUAAAUAUAAUUCUUUUUGCUAUAGAAUAUUUUUACUAUAGUGAAUAUAUUUUUGGCUACGUUGCUGUCGCUAUUAUUUACAGAUAAAUAAAGUAUUUUUAAAUUUUCGUAUUGUCAAUAUCACAUAACUAGUUAAACAUAGAAAAUUGUUGACAUUGCGACAACUAAGCCAAAUGAAUAUCGAAAAAUCGGUUCAUGAUAUUAGAUUUUUUAACAAUUAGUAAAUGAAUACAGCGACAGUGACGUAACAGGAGUAGGAUGGAAGAUAUUCGUCUAUUAAAGAGACUGGUGCUUGUUUUAAAUAGCAGUCCUAGCAUUUUAGAGCAUUUAGUGGCUUGUUAGGCUGUAAUAUUGUUGUAAAUAUUUUAUUAACGUUGGAAUGACUAUUGGGUGCCAUGACACGAAUGUAAAAUUAUUUUUUUUAAAAUCGCCUAUUUUACUAUACAAAAAUAUCGAUGAAACGGCAGUAAUUUCAAUAUGAUGUCUUAUUUUUUAUUUCCAAUUACACAAUUGUAUUUUAAUUUUUAUUCUGUAUUAUCUUAAAUCCGUUUUUAUUAGACUAGGUAGAAUUUAUUUCAAUUACUUUGGUUUUAGCUGAAGAUGCUAAGAAAAUAAAUUACUCUUUUGAUAUUUUGAAAUCAAUAAAUAAAUCAUUAUAAAACCAAAA